AUGGAUAAAAGGAGCGCAAGCGUCUCGGACGCCAGGGCAGACGAGCUCUGGGCAACCCUCGACACGCGCAAACAAGGCCAGCUCGAUCUCCCAGCGCUCAAGAAGGGGCUGCGGAAGCUGGAUCAUCCUCUGAAAAAUGCGGAUCAACUCCUGGACGAGGUGAUGAAAGCUGUAGAUACAGAUGGCGAUGGGCGCAUCACAUAUUCCGAAUUUCGCACUUUCGUGGAAGAAACCGAAAAAGAGCUCCUAGUGCUCUUCCGAAGUAUCGAUCACAAUCGCGACGGAAAAAUCUCGAAAGAGGAACUACGAGUUUCUUUGAGUCGCGCUGGGCUCUCGGUCCCCAAUAGCAAUCUCGACAACUUCUUUUCAGAAGUAGACACCAACAACGAUGGGACUAUCAGCUUUGAAGAAUGGCGCGACUUCCUUCUAUUCAUUCCGGUCAGCGCGCCCAGCCUUCAUGCGGUAAUGUCCUACUUUUCCGCGACAAUGAAGGUGAACCCGGAAGGUGAUGUUCAACUGAGCGACGACACGAUCCAAGGCCUAGGUACUGCAAAGCAAUUUCUUCACUAUUUCUUUGGUUCCCUCUUCCUCCUUGUAGCGCGGACGCCGCCCUACUCUUUCCUUCCACCAGAUUACAGCACACCGCUAGAAAUGGCUUCACCUUCUACUUCGAACAUUACGACUUCGCAAACACUCCCGCCACAUCUAGAUGACGGGGAGUUUGACACUCCCCUCAGCGAGGUAGAUACGGGGCUUAUUGAGAGCUUCGGAACCAUGCUGAUUGCUUGUGUUCCCAAUCCAGGCUAUUUCGUGGCGGGAGGCGUUGCAGGAAUUAUUUCUCGCACCUCCACUGCACCCCUCGAUCGUUUGAAAGUCUACCUUAUUGCUCAGACCAAUGUGGCGGAAGAAGCUGUCGCCGCAGCAAAGCAUGGCAAUAUUGCCAGAGCCGUGCUCAACGCCUGGAGGCCGCUUGCGACCGCCACAAAGGAGCUGUGGGAGGCAGGCGGCAUGCGUAGUCUAUAUGCCGGCAACGGCUUGAACGUUGUCAAGGUCAUGCCCGAGUCAGCCAUCAAAUUCGGUUCUUACGAGGCAAGUCCAACCACAACUAGAAUUUUUGCUAGGGUCGAAGGACACAAUGACCCAGGAGCUAUCCACUCCUGGUCCAAGUUUGUUGCUGGUGGUCUUGCAGGAAUGGUCGCGCAAUUCGCUGUGUACCCUAUUGAUACCCUGAAAUUUCGCAUGCAAUGCGAGAUGGUACACGGUGGCCUACACGGUAACCGACUGAUAUGGGCCACGGCAAAGAAGAUGUGGCAGACGGGGGGUGUCAGCGCUUAUUACCGCGGUUUGCCUAUGGGUAUCUGUGGUAUAUUUCCGUACGCAGCCCUCGAUCUGGGAACAUUUGAAUAUCUCAAGCGUUCCGUUGCGAGACGCAAUGCCAAGAGACUUGGCUGCCACGAACAAGAUGCUGAGCCAGGCGGCUUCAUGACGGCAGCUAUCGGCGGCUUCUCUGGCGCAUUUGGAGCAAGUGCCGUAUAUCCUCUCAAUCUUCUACGAACUCGACUACAGAGCCAAGGCACAGUUCUGCACCCGCGGACUUAUACCGGAAUCAUGGAUGUCACCAGACAGACGAUUGCCGGUGAAGGCGUAAGGGGACUUUUCAAGGGCCUGACACCAAACCUCUUGAAGGUGGUCCCUGCUGUCUCGAUUACCUACGUUGUGUACGACAAGUCGAAGAAGGUUAUUGGGCUGCGAUGA